UGUAACAGUUCAGACUACAAGUCCAACAGUCACUGUCGGUCAGACCACUAUUACCUCUCCCAUUACUAACACCAGCCUUGUUACUUCAGGAGUAAAUGUAACAGUUCAGACUACAAGUCCAACAGUCUCUGUCGGUCAGACCACUAUAACCUCUCCCAUUACUAACACCAGCCUUGUUACUUCCGGAGUAAAUGUAACAGUUCAGACACAAACUUCAACAGUUUCUGGCAAUCCCAUCACUGCCACUGUUACAAACACCAGUACUCUAGUUACAAAUGCAACAGUUCCAACUACAGGUCCAAUAGUUCCUGUGACUAGCAUGAGCACUGCCACUCCUGGUACAAGUUCAACAAUUUCAACUAUAAGUCCAACUCUAGCUACCAACCAGACAGUAAUCACUGCUCCUGUUACAAACACCAGCACUAUUACAUCUACAACAACAACCACAAGACCAACAUCUACUUCUACAAUUCCAUCAAGUACAAGUGUGACUUCAGCUUUACCAACAAGCACUACUGCAAGUGGUAUUCCUACUAUUUCCCUUUUUCCAUAUGGAGCAAAUGAAACUGAUAUGACCCACAACCCAAGAUCAACAGACUUUACCUCCCCAGUAUUCCAGCCAAUAAUGGGAUUCCCCUUUGGAAACAGUUUAAGAAACUUUGUCUAUUAUACAGACAAUGGUCAAAUUGUCUUUCCAAGAUCCAGAAACGAAAUAUUCUCUUACACUAACCCACCAACAAAUGGAUUUAGUGGAAAUGAGAUGGUGGCCUCUCUUGCUGUGUAUUGGAGUGAUGCAGAUUUGUCCAAAGGUGUGGGAACUACUUACUAUAAGGUAUAUGAACCACAAAUCAGCAACUCUGUUGUUCCUGAAGUUGAGAAGAUUAUAAGCAAAAAGUUCAAUAAUUCGUAUAAAGCUCAGUGGACACUGAAGAUUACCUGGGAUAAUGUUCCAGCUUAUCCAUCGAAACAAAAUGACAUCCAGACCAACACAUACCAGGCUGUGCUGACCACCAAUGGAAUUCAGUCAUAUCUGAUGAUUCUGUUUAAGGAUGGUGGAAUGAACUGGGCUGACAUAGAGCGUAAACCAAAACCUCUAAUUGGCUACUGCAGUGGAAACCAGGAUACAUUUUUCUUGAAUGAUAAGCUAGCUGUGAAUAUUAACCGCCCAAAUCUCGUUGUUGGAAACAAUGCAGAUGUGAGAGGACUCUGGAUAUAUGAACUGAAUAAUGGACAAGUGUCUAACAGUCGCAUGGAUUGUCUCAGUUGGUUCUAUGAUCAGCCUAAUCCCGUAUCUUGGAAUUUUGAUUUGUUGUCAUGUCCUUGUUUAUACCAACAGGGGCAGGCUGACUCCCGAUUCAGAGCAACCCAAGCAGGUGGGUCCACCUAUGUCAGCCUGCUCCGCAGCACAUCUCCCAGCAGGUUAAAUGCAGGUGUAAGAUGUGUAUAUUAUCGCAGGAAUCAAUUCUUAGAAGGCUUUCAGGAACAGACAUGGUAUUUCAGUAAUUCAAAUAAUGAUAAAGAGCUUAAUGCAUUUAACUGGUGCUGCAAUGAUGUGGACGAUCCGAAGUUCUGCUCAAUGUACAUGGAGAAAAGGCCAUCAAUUGACUGCAGGAACUAUAGGCCACCAACCCCAGGAUGGAUGUUUGGAGAUCCUCAUAUUACAACUCUAGAUGGCUUUGGCUACACCUUCAAUGGACUUGGUGACUUCAUCCUUCUUAAAGCAGCAGCUUCAAACAUCUCUUUAGUUUUACAUGGUCGUACGGCUCAGACUGGAACAGCAAGUGCCACUAACUUCCAGGCUUUUGCAGUGCAGUAUAUAUCAAGCAGUGUCAAUGUUAAAGUGGAGUGGUAUCUGGAGAGUUCUAAUUAUACAACUGCUCUUCUGGAUGGUAAAGAUGCGGUAUUCACUUUUUCAAGUGACAUGAAUGCCAAUAUUAGUAACACCAAUCCAGCGGUCUUACUCAAAAAAGAUAGCUCAGUGAUUACUGCAACAUUUGAAAGUUUUGUUUCUGUGGAAGUGUCCGCCCAGCUUGGUAUGCUGACUGCUGUAACCAAUCUUCCUAGUGAUUUCUUAAACAACACAAAAGGACUGCUGGGCACCUGGAACAAUAACCAGAACGAUGAUUUAUUUUUUGACAAUGGUACAACUAUUCCUAUCAACAGCUCAGAAGAACAAAUAUUCUAUUAUGGAAUGGAGUGGGAAGUCAAGGGAGAAAUAUUGUUUACGAAGCCGAAGGCAGAAGGAAUAAGCACAUUUAAGCCAGUUUUCCUCAGUGACCUUAAAAAUCAAUUUCCAGAAAAGUAUAAUGAAUUACAGCAGAUAUGUGGUGAUAAACCUGAAUGUAUAUUUGAUGCUUUAAGCACCAAUCAAACAGAACUGGGCUUAGCAACCAGGGAGGUGUCAAUACAAUUGACAGAAACCAACAUCAUUUUAAAUGCUAUACCUCCAUUUAUUACUGGAAAUUCAAUUAUAAAAGCUUUCUUAAAAAGGACGGUAACAGUUCAGUAUACUGCCAAUGGCACAGGAGUAGUCUUCUCUGCUGAUCGUACACAUUUAGAUAUUACACUAACUGUAAAUGGAACUUUGACGUGGUCACCAAAAAGUAUGGAAGGAUUUACCUUCAAUCUAAUAGCAAAUGACUCCCAAAAGUUGUCAUCAACUUUGCAGCCAUCCUUUGUUGUCUGCGGUUGUAAUCAGGAAUCUGAGUGUGAUUAUAGUACACUAUCUAAAGUCAAUGGAACUUCCCUUUCUAUCUCAAACUGUAACUGCACCAAUAAUUACACUGGUGAUUUUUGUCAAAACCCACCCAAUCUGUGCAUUCAGGGGUGCUUCCCCGGAGUGUCCUGUGAUAACACUACUGGUUGUGAUAAAUGUCCUCCUGGCUACACUGGGAACGGAGCACAUUGUUCAGAUAUAAAUGAGUGUGAAGACAAUAACUCAUGCCCCUUUAAUUCUACGUGUAUAAAUGCGCCAGGAAGCUUUUCAUGCGACUGCAACAGUGGAUUUACAUGGAAUGGAUCACUGUGUGAAGAUAAUGAUGAAUGUACGACCAACAACAACUGUUCACCUAAUGCAACCUGCACUAACACUAUUGGAAGUUACACUUGUAAAUGUAAGGAAGGAUUCACAGGCAAUGGAUCACAUUGUGAAGAUAUUGAUGAAUGCGCAAAUUUAAACACCUGUUCACCGUAUGCAACCUGCACUAACAAUAUUGGAAAUUAUAUCUGUAAAUGUAAGGAAGGAUUCACAGGGAAUGGAUCACAUUGUGAAGAUAUAAAUGAAUGCACAACCAACAGCAACAACUGUUCACCCAAUGCAACCUGCACUAACGCUAUUGGAAAUUACACUUGUAACUGUAAGGAAGGAUUCGCAGGGAAUGGAUCACAUUGUGAAGAUGUUAAUGAAUGCACGACCAACAGCAGUAUCUGUACACCCAAUGCAACCUGCACUAACACUAUUGGAAGUUACACUUGUAAAUGUAAGGAAGGAUUCACAGGGAAUGGAUCACAUUGUGAAGAUUUUGAUGAAUGCAUGACCAACAGCAACAACUGUUCACCCAAUGCAACCUGCACUAACACUAUUGGAAAUUACACCUGUAAAUGUAAUGAAGGAUUCGCAGGUAAUGGCAUAUACUGCUCCUGCACCAAACAGUGUGAAACAGGUUAUUGUAGAAAUGGUGGAACAUGUCAAACAGUUGGUCUACAGUGCACCCCUCAGUGCACCUGCCCUUCAGCAUUUUCUGGUGAAAUUUGUACAGAUCCAGUGGACUCCUUCAUGCCAACCCUAGAUCCAAAUACAAAACAGAGAUCUGUUAUCGUAAAUUUAACCUCUAUGAAUAAUUUCAGCGAAACUAAUGGUUAUGAACUGAUUAAAGGUAAACUUCUUGCUGCUCGAUAUAAUGUGACAUGGUUGUUUGAUCAGGCCAAAAGUGAAAUGAAUAAACCAAAUAAUGUGUCUGGCAAUUUCUUAGCAUCAUAUACCGCAAGAUUUACUUAUGUGGCAAAUAUAACAAUAGUUAAAUUUCUAAAUGAUGAACUGGUAGCUUUUCUUCUUACUAACACAUCUGGUGCACGGAGCAAACGAUCAAGUGAACCCAGUAUUAGCAUUAGCAGUGUAGCUGAUGGUGAAAAAUUGACCCCAGAAGAGCUUGCAAAGAAUGCAAGCUGUGGAUAUGCUGGAUAUAUUAUGAAUGAUAAAAUUUUGGAAUGUGUCUCAAAGUGUGUUGGCAGUUCAUAUUGUAAGAAUGGUGGCAUCUGUCAGCUUGUCAAUGGAAAUGUUAGCUGCAGUUGUAAACCGUUCUCUAUAUAUGUCACAUCGGGAACACAGUGUGAAAAUCUCGCCAUGAACUUAAAUGCCUUCUUUGGCAUAUUAUUUGGAGCUUUGGCCUUCCUUCUUUUGCUGCUCCUAGGAAUUGGGUUUGGAGUAUACUGGUAUCGAAAGCGAAAAGAAAAUUGCGGUGAAGCAGAUGAAACGUACCAAACACGGUUUAGCUGGAAAACAUCUUUAUUUUCAUCUUUUGAGCGGCUUGGGGAAACUGAAAUACCAAGUUUAGAACCAGACAUCAAAUCUCCACAUUUGGUCAACUGGAAACCUCACCUCGAAAAAGUCAACAGUUUAGUAGAGGUCAAAAUAAAACGGCCAGAAAUCAAAAGCGACUUGGUCAAGAUAGAAUAGAAAUCAGAACAAAAUAAAUAUAUUCUAUGAUGUUUUAGUACCUAAAAUUGAGAUAUGUUCAAAUUGCACAGAACAAAGAUUUUCUUAUGAUUUCAAAUCAUAGUCGAUUGUCAAUGUACAUAUCUUGUAUCUUCUUGUAAAAGACAUUGAAAUUAUUUAUUAACUAUUAACCCUAUCCUCAAAGUACAAAAUGCUGCCGCCACAGGCCUGUUGUUUUGUGUUUUACAUUAUUGUAAUGAGCAUAUACCUCCUAUAUGUUACUCAUUCUAUUCUAGCCCAAUAACAAUGUUUACAUGCUGCCACUACAGAUCCUUGACCUUAGAUCUUAAAUCACUGGAUUAUAAUAAGUAGUAACUAAAUUGGAAGACAGAGGUUUUAUUUUUGUAUCAUUGUAUGUGUUGUCUAAUAAUAUUUUGUCCUGGAAACUUGAACAAAAUAGCAGGGAUUUCUCAAUAUAAUAAAGCUCAGGUUUCCUUGCCUCUCCUCAUCAAUGAAAAAUCUAUUUUUGUAUUACAUUUUUAGGCAUCAAUUUAAAAAUUGUUUUAUUUUACCUUCUAAAUGUUUAAUUUAUGAAACUAAGCAAUAAUGUUCUGAGU